AUGGAUUCUGCUGUACCUUCCGCCGAUAAUAUAUGGAGGCAAUGGUUGGCAUGGUGUGAGUCAAAUUCAACGAGAUUGCCUCAGGCUGGUCGAUUGACUGAUCACAUUCCUUCAGGUGACCAUUCUGGCCCUUUCCCCGCAUUUGAAAGCUCUUGGGAGCAGCUCCCCCCAGAACUGCACUACCGUAUCUACGGUUUUCUGGCAAACUCCGAUAUCAGAGCCGAUAUCUCACGACUCUCCCUAGUCUCGCAUGCAUGGUCCCGGCAGUUUCGUCCUCGUCUCUUUACCUCCCUUAAGCUAAAUAGCGGAGAAGACUGCCAUAUACUCUAUGGUAUACUGCGAUCUCCAUUGUCAGCGUGGCUCGCCGAGCACGUCACUAAGUUGAGAUUCGGCGAUACUUGCUUCCCGGACCCUCAUCUCUGGAUGACACUUGUUCGCCUCUUGCCGGCAUGUCGCGGGAUUGACACGAGAUACCAGCGACAGUUCACGCCUAACAUAAUCCCUAGACGCAUAUCAUAUAGCGCAGAGCUGAAGAGCUCGUUACGGAACAUCACUACCCUGAAGUUAGAUAAUUGCGAGUUUCCGUCACUCCGUAUCUUACUCCGCACACUAGGAGAUAUCACCUUCUUAGAGGCCGUCCAUUUUCGGAACGUUACAUGGUCAGGCGACCCCCUCUUGACAAUCGACAUUGCGAGCAAUAUCUCUAAUGGCACCUUUCGCCACGUCCGUUCGAUCAUAUUGUGGUAUUGCACAAGCGGCGUAGCGGUUCCCGCUUGGAUUCUGGCUGCCGCAGGAACGCGACACUCGUUUUCCAGACGUCAAACUAUAGAUCUGGCGGUCCCUGCGGAGACAUGGGCCAUCAUCAAGUUUAUGCGGAUGUUUUUCUGCGACAUAACCCUUCGAGACUCGCUGUUCCAUGUCACAGAAGCAACUCCAGGUGAAUUUUGUUCAUCAUACCGCUGGUUCGUCGUACUCAUGAGAUACUCUCAAGAUAAUUACAAGUUUAUUGGUUCUCUACGGGCUGGGCCUUCAUCUAAUGGCAUAUUAAGAACAUGCGCUUACAUCUCAGUCCAAAUUGUGCGCGCGGGAACUACACCUUCUAGCAACGGCGCUGGUAACGAGACUUGGUCUGUUAGCGACAUCGCCCUUGCCGACUCAGGCGACGAGUUGCAAUUCGACUAUUUCUAUCAUGAUUCCUGCGACUGGUCUGCGGUCACCUCCCUUCUGCCCGUUCUCCCACGGCUGCACCAGUUCCAGGUACUUUGCGGGAAAGGCUAUUCAGAGGCGCACUUUCAUGCUCUCUCUGCCAAGGUCAUGGAGGCCGUGAAUAUCCAUCCGACCGUUACCGUUCAAUACGAUCCCAGCAUGCCAGACGGGAGGUUCUUGCAGCCAACGUUUUUCGAUCUAGAUGAAGCAGAUCUGAUGGCAGCACAAUAA